AAUUGCCCGAAUACCAAACCCACCAAAGAAGGCACAGGCCUCUAAAGAUACCGGAUUCGCAAUACCUGAAUUAAGCGAAAGAGUCGAAAGAGAUCUGGAAUCGGAGAGGGGAGAGAUGAAUCGGUAUGAAAUAGAAGAUUACAGAAUCAACUAUUUUGAAUACGAACAAGGUAGAGCUGAACCCAUAGUUAGAGGAAGAAUGAAAGCCAACGUUGACUUCUGGAAAUUAAUAGGAGCCACAGAAGAAGUAGUGAAAAUGAUUCAAUUUGGUUAUAAGAUACCCUUUCUUGAGACACCCCCUCCAAAAGUGUUUCAAAAUAACAAAUCAGCCCUUGAGCACACAGACUUCGUUUCUGAAGCUGUUCUUGAACUAUUGAAUAAAGAUUUGAUCUCCGAAGUGAGUUCUGUUCCAGAAUACGUCAACCCUCUUACAGUUUCUGUUCAAAAUUCUGGCAAGAAGCGCCUUAUCUUAGAUUUAAGAUAUAUUAAUCAAUACGUUUGGAAACAAAAGGUAUGCUUUGAAGACUGGAAUGUAGCACUGGAAUACUUUCAAAAGGGUGACUACAUGGUUUCCUUUGACCUUAAGUCGGGAUAUCACCAUAUUGAUAUAUUUGAAGAACAUUGUAAAUAUUUAUGUUUCAGUUGGAACUUCAACGGAAUUAUUAGAUAUUUCUCUUUUAAUGUACUUCCUUUUGGAUUGUCCUCUGCUCCAUAUAUUUUCACUAAAACAAUUAGACCUCUUGUCAAGCAUUGGAGAAACAAUCAUGUUUUUGUAGUUGUAUUUCUAGAUGAUGGAUGGAUUAGAGCAUCCUCCUUUCAAGAAUGUGAAGAUAUUGCCACAGCAGUCAGAAAUGACUUAUUGAAUGCGGGUUUAGUGCCUAACGUAGAGAAGUCAGUAUGGAUACCUACUCAGAAAAUUGAUUGGCUUGGUUUAACUUGGGAUUCUAAAAGUGGCACUUUACAUGCAUCAGAUCGUAGAAUUGUCAAUAUUUUGGAUUGCAUAAACGAUAUGAUCACAGAAUUACCACACACUACCGCUAGAAAGUUAGCGGCCUUUAUAGGUAAAAUUAUUUCCUUGCUACCUGUAACUGGGCAGAUCGCACAGUUGAGAACUAGAUUUUCUUCAAUUGCUGUUGCCUCAUGCAAACACUGGGACAAAGAAAUUAAUCUAUCCACACGAAAUGAUAUCAUAAAAGAACUGUUCUUCUGGAGAGAUAAUGUGAAGUCUUUAAAUGUACGAAAUAUCUUGCAUUAUUCUAUACCGCAGAUACUUGUCUUUUCAGACGCCAGCCACAUCGGGUGUGGAGCUUGGUCAGCAGAGUGUGGCGGACUCAAAUUCCAACACAUCUGGUCAGAAGAAGAGCAAGGACAUUGACUUCAAAGACACACUCACGAGAGUUUUAGAAGCUUCCCGGGCAGAGAGCACGGUCAAGAAAUAUAAACGUGCAGUAGAAGCAUGGAAUGCGUGGUGUAGAAACAGUGGCACGUCAUGUCAAGACUUAUGUCAAGAAAGCAUUGCAAGGUACUUUAUAUUUUUGUUCAAUGGAGGAUCUCCAUAUAGCAAAAUAGAGACAGCUUUUUAUGCUUUAAAAUGGCAAGUUGAUUGUUCAAUUAAUACAAGGAACAGAAGUAACCCUUGCGAAUCUAAGUUCUUGAAAUUGAUUUUAGAAGGGAUCAAGAGGAUCCUAGCAAGACCGGUGAAUAGGAAAGAACCUAUUACCCCUGACAUGCUUUUGAGUAUCGUUCAUAAGUUUGACUCUGGAUCUGUGAAAGAUCUUCGUAAUUGUUCUAUGUUAUUGUUAGCAUAUGCAGGUUUUUUAAGAUUCGAUGAACUUUCCAACAUUAAGCUUAGUGACAUUGAAUUAUUUGACUCUCAUAUGAAAGUUUUCCUUGAGAAAAGUAAAACUGACCAAUUUCGAGAAGGAGCCUGGGUAAUCGUUUCUACCACUGGAAAAGCGACAUGUCCAGUUAAUAUGAUGCGCAGAUAUUUAGAGAGUACACAAUCUGUAUCUAGAGAUGAAAAUGAUUUUGUGUUCAGGCCUCUUACCUUUUGUAAAUCUCAAAAUUGUUACAAACUCAGAAAAGGAAAGAUGUCCUAUUCGAGAUGCAGGGAGAUUUUCAAAGAAGUUCUAGAAGCUAUCGGGGUAAACUCGAAAAAGUUUGGGUUACAUAGCCUGAGGGCGGGUGGUGCUACGGCAGCAGCCCAAAUCGGAGUACCAGAUCGCCUAUUUAAAAGGCACGGCAGAUGGGCAUCAGAUUCUUCUAAAGACAGAUAUGUAAAAGAAUCUCUUAAAAAUAAGAUGUUUGUUUCAUUAAAUUUGGGUAUUUGAAAUUUAUGCAAAUCAUUGUAAUGUUUUAAAGUUGAUCUCAACAUAUCAUUCCAGCAUUGAUACCCCAGUAAUAAAUUACUGGAUAACUUGAUAAUUUUGUUUAAUGAUUAUCUAUAUGAAUUCAGAAUGAAUAACUAGCAAUAUUGAUAUCCUUUAUACAACAUACCCGUUCUUUAGUCUUGACUUAGAGAGAGCAGAGAAAAUGUCUUGUCCCUGCAGCUGAAGUACGGUGCCUCUCAAGGUAAUAUAAUUCUAAUUUAUUAAUUAUAUAAUGUUUGUUUCUUUUGCAAAGAAAGAGGCUAAAUAGGAAAAUAUUUAUUUCCGGUUGAGCUAGCGAAU